CCGUUCCCUCGACGGCACCUGUGCACUUGCUGCAGUGUUGCACGGCCGCACUACCCCGACACCACAAAUAAUAAGCGGUCCGCUACGCCGCCCCGCCCCGCUUCCCGCCCAGCCGCCGCCGUAGCCUCCAAAGUACCCAGGUUACCUGGCCCGCCGCCGCGCGCGGGGGCGUGCUAUGGACCCGUCCACUGCCAAGGCGGCCGCGCCGCCCAAUAAUGCGGACCACGUCCUCCACAUCCAGCCCGACAACCUGCCGCCGCCGCACCCGAGCAACAACCAGCAGCCGAACCCACCGCCGCCGGAGACCCCAAAGCUCUCGCAGAACCCCGAGAAGCCGCCGGCCUCCAGCCCCUCGCGCCCGCCGCUGCCCCCCGCGCUCCUCCGCCGCCGCUCCUCCAUCGCCAAGCCCAAGUCGCGCUUCGUCGAGCCGCCCACCCCGAUGCACCCGGACUCCGCCCACCCCUCCCCGGUCCACCCCGCCGCCACCGCCGCCGCCUCGCUGACCGCCACCCCGACCCAUCGCGCCGCGAGCGUCUCCACCCCGCACACCCCCGCGGAGGCCGACGACGACGAGGACAUCUUCCGCAACAAGGAUGGCUCCCGCGCGCCGGCCUCCGCGGCGCGGUGCCGCCGCCGGGUCCGCCUUGGCCUCGAGCUCUGCGUGCUCGUCCUCUUCCUCGGCCUGCUCGUCGUCAGCCUCGUCGUGCGCCCCCUGCAGGGCCGCGUACUGUGGGGGCUGGAGAUCUGGAAGUGGUGCGUCAUGGUCACCGCCGUCUUCUCCGGCCACCUCCUCAGCCAGUGGCUCGUCACGCUCAUCGUUUUCGUCGUCGAGCGCAACUUCCUGCUGCGCACCAAGGUGCUCUACUUCGUCUUCGGGCUCAAGAAGAGCUUCCAGGUCUGCCUCUGGCUCGCGCUCGUGCUCAUCGCCUGGUCCCAGCUCUUCGACAGCGAGGUCGGCCGCUCCCGCAAGACCGCCAGGACCCUCAACUACGUCUCCAGGUUCCUCGCCUCCAUGCUCAUCGGCUCCGUCAUCUGGCUCGUCAAGACCUUCCUUAUGAAGGUGGUUGCGUCCACGUUCCACCGCAAGACCUUCUUCGACCGGAUUCAAGAGAGCGUGUUCCAUCAGUACGUGCUGCAGACGCUGUCGGGCCCGCCGUUAAUGGAGCUGGCGGAGAAUGUGGGGCGCGAGGGCAGUGGCCUUGGGCGGGUCAGUAUCGGCAGGGCCAAGGAGGACAAAGGCGUGCCGGAGGUGAUCGAUGUUGUCAAGCUCAGGAGGAUGAGUCAGGAGAAGGUCUCAGCAUGGACGAUGAGAGGGCUCAUCACAGCAAUCCGAAGCUCUAGGCUGUCAACCAUAUCUAAUACUAUCGAGAGCUUUGAUGAUGUAGAUGGCAUGGAACAGAAGGAUAAAGAAAUAAAUAGUGAAUGGGAGGCCAAGGCCGCGGCGUAUGCCAUAUUCAAGAAUGUCGCAAAGCCCAGCUAUAAGCACAUUGAGGAGGUGGAUCUGCUGAGAUUUUUCACCAAGGAGGAGGUGCACCUGGUGAUUCCAAUGUUUGAGGGAGCACCAGAGACCGGAAAGAUAAAAAAGUCUGCACUAAAGAAUUGGGUGGUGAAAGCAUACCUCGAUCGCAAGUCACUGGCACAUUCUCUGAACGACACAAAGACCGCAGUUAUGCAACUUCACAACCUCAUCAGUGUUAUAGUCAUCAUUAUAAUCAUCAUUGUUACACUACUAUUGAUGGGCAUUGCGACAACCAAGAUUCUUGUUGUCAUCUCGUCCCAGCUUCUGGUUGCGGGAUUCAUAUUUGGGAAUGCAUGCAAGACUGUAUUUGAGGCCCUUAUAUUUGUAUUCAUCAUGCAUCCAUUUGAUGUUGGUGACCGCUGUGUUAUCGACGGAACACAGAUGAUCGUCGAGGAAAUGAAUAUAUUAACCACUGUUCUCUUGAAGAAUGACAACGAAAAGAUAUAUUAUCCAAAUUCUGUGUUGUCCACAAAGCCAAUCAGCAACUUUUACCGAAGCCCUAACAUGUAUGACACGAUUGAUUUUGCAAUUGAUGUUUCAACUUCAGUUGAGAGCAUUGGAGCUUUGAGGUCCAAAAUUAAAGGGUACUUGGAGAGCAAACCAACGCAUUGGCACCCAGUCCACACUGUAAAUCUCAAGGACAUCUUGGAUGUGAACAAGAUUAACAUGUCUCUCUCAGUGCAGCACACCAUGAACUUUCAAAACAUCCGGGAGAAGAACAUCAGGAGGUCUGAGCUCGUUAUGGAGUUGAAGAAAAUAUUCGAGGAGAUGUCCAUCCGGUACCACCUUCUACCCCAGAAAGUUGAACUCACCUACGUCGGCUCGAACCCACUGCCCAUGGGUCCUUCUCAUACAAGAUAGAGGAUGGGUGAAGACUUUUAAGUCUCAUAUUGACAACUUGAUCCAUUUCAUGGGAUCUGACAACUGAUGGCUAGCUGUGCAGUCUGUUCUGAAGUUAGUAAAACUCUGCAUAGUAGAUAUUAGCUCGUAGAAUAAUUUGUCAGAUAAUGCAUUUGUAAGCGGUGAUGGUACUGGUGAUCAAUGCUUUGGGAUUGGCCAUUACACCAUUUGAUUAUCUACACCGUUUGGUGCAUCACAAUCGAAACUGUUGCGAAAUAGCCACUAAUAAAGAAAUUCAGCUGGGAGAUUGAAGUGGGCCUGUCGAAAUGGGAUGCUGAAGGAAAUGUUGUAGACUGCUCAAGCAGCACUGCAGCAGUGGGAUGGGAGAAGCACUGUCAAUUCGGUCAACAGUUUAUUUGGGCCAUAGUGCAGGGAAUAUGAACAAUCGUCAUGGACAGUGCAAAUGUUUUCAUGCUACAUUUGUCAUCGACAGUUGAUGUGGGCUGCUCUUAUUAGGCGGCUUCUAUGGGAUGGUGAGAUGCGACAAGAAGUGACAGUAUCUGAACAGCUGCUGUCUUCUCGCAUAAUGGUUUUCGCCUUCUUGCUGUGUCUUCUUGGUGCAGGACGAUGGAAUGGCUUUUCUCUAAAUAAUGCAAAAUAUUUCGAGCUCCGCACAAAACGGAACAGUCUCUCGUCAAAGCUGCCAAGCCUGGCAUGGAUUGGUAGGGAAUAUGAACAAUCGUCAUGGACAGUGCAAAUGUUUUCAUGCUACAUUUUUCAUCGAAAGUUGAUGUGGGAUGCUUUUAUUAGGCUAUCUUAAGUAGACCCCCUAUCCCAUCUUCUAUCUUAUUCACUAUUUCAAUUUUCGCUCUGUAAAUAAUGUCAAACAUUGUUAUUUAUAGUUCCACGUUCUCUAUUUUA